AUGAAGGGGGAAGACGAUGAAGUUCGGAACAUGGAGUUUAAACAGCCAACAAAAUUGAAGGCAACCGAUAAUGACCACCAGUUGUGGCGUCGAAUGACUAUCGAAGAAGAGCAAAGCGGAGACUAUUUCCGGUUCGCGUCUCUGAAUAAUAAUGGUGAUGAUGGUGAUGAUGAUGAUGAUGAUGGUGAGAUAAUGGUAAUGGUGGUAGGUGAUGGUGGUGGUAGUAUGAGACCACCGCAACACAACAGUAACAACAAGGAAAUGAUGGCGGAAUGUCUCAGUGAUUAUGAACGUUCAAUUUCACAAGAGCAGAAAUUGAUAUCAUUACCCGAAAAUACAAAUUUGGAACAUCUAUGCAAAUUAAAUAUUCGCGAACAGCCAUGUAUGAUCCGAAAAACUGGAAUAAUUUGUACUAUUGGACCAGCAUGUCGAAAUGUGGAAAAAUUACAAGAAAUGAUUAUCAACGGAAUGAAUAUAGCUCGCAUGAAUUUCAGCCAUGGAACGUAUGAAUAUCAUGCGGAAACAAUAGCGAAUGUUCGCGCGGCAGCACAUAGCUUCAGCGAACCGCGGUUGGUCGCAAUCGCUCUCGACACAAAAGGUCCAGAAAUACGCACUGGUCUUCUGGCGGGGGGUGCCAGUGCAGAAGUGGAAUUGGUAAAGGGAAGUCAAAUCAAGCUAACUACCGAUCUGUCCAUGGAAAACUUAGGAACAGCAGAGAAGAUUUUCGUUGACUACAAGAACAUCACUAAAGUACUUAGUGUUGGCUCGCGUGUCUUCGUUGAUGACGGUCUCAUUUCAUUAAUCGUCAAUUCCAUCGAAAGUGACAGCAUACUGUGUACCGUUGAAAAUGGCGGUAUGUUGGGAAGCAGAAAGGGUGUUAAUUUGCCCGGUACAUUAGUUGAUUUGCCAGCUGUAUCUGAGAAGGACAUCAGAGAUUUGCAAUUUGGUGUGGAGCAGAAAGUAGAUAUCGUUUUUGCAUCAUUCAUACGGAGCGGUAAAGGUGUUAGCAUGAUAAGAAAAGUGCUCGGUGACAAAGGAAAUUACAUUAAAAUCAUAGCAAAAAUCGAAAAUCAAGAAGGUGUUGAUAAAGCCGAUGAAAUUAUUGAGGAAGCAGAUGGUGUUAUGGUUGCCCGUGGAGAUUUGGGUAUUGAAAUUCCACCAGAAAAGGUAUUUUUGGUCCAGAAAAUGUUGAUUGCCAAAUGUAAUAAAGCAGGGAAACCGGUAAUCUGUGCUACUCAAAUGCUUGAAUCGAUGAUAAAGAAACCGAGACCAACUCGUGCUGAAGGUAGUGACGUUGCGAACGCAGUUCUAGACGGAGCUGAUUGUGUGAUGCUCAGUGGUGAAACUGCUAAAGGUGACUAUCCAUUAGAAGCUCUCAAAAUCAUGCAUCAGAUCUGUAAGGAAGCAGAAGCAGCACUGUACCAUACACGAUUUUUCGAAGAGCUCCUCCAUGCAACCCCGAAACCAACUGAUAUUGCGCAUACUGUUGCUAUCGCAGCAACUUCAGCUGCAACGUCUUGCCAUGCCAGUGCAUUGAUUCUGGUUACCACUACCGGACGGUCUGCUGGCUUGAUAUCUCGUUAUCGACCAACGAUGCCUAUCUUUGCAAUAUGCCGAGAUGGGCAUGUUGCUCGACAACUUCAUCUGUGGCGUGGUAUAUUCCCGCUUCUUUAUGGAGCAAAUCGAGAAAGUGACUGGUCGAGCGAUGUCGAUGCUCGAAUUAAUUAUGGCGUUUCGGUUGGUAAAGACCGCGGUUUUAUCAAGAAGAAUGACUUGGUGGUUGUUAUUACUGGCUGGAGACAAGGUGCCGGUCAUACGAACACACUACGUAUCAUCAAGGUACCAUAA